CGAUCAAGCACAGUGCUGAAAAUGGCCUGAUGCACACGGAAAGCGAAGAAUCGCCAAUAAAAUAAUAAAGGUGCGAAAAUGAUGGACGAACAACUAAUUGAUGAAGUGGCGCAACAUGGGGUCAUUUACAACAGGCAGAAGUACUACCUUAACGGCAGCGCCAACGGUGUAAAGUAUGAGACAAAGGAUGACGCCUGGCAAGUGAUUGCCAUGAAGCUGCGAACGGACGUGGACACGUGCAAGAAGCGCUGGAAGUAUCUGCGGGAGCGUUACGUCUCGCAGCGGAAGCAGGGCGAUACUCCAAUUUACGAGCACCUGUCACGCCCCUACCUGGAGAAGAUGAAGUUCCUGGACCAACACAUUCAGCCACGAAAAUCCUAUCGCAAUGUGCCGAGCUUCCUCACGUCGCCACAGUCGGCUAACAGCUCUAGUUACAACGAAUACAUCGUGGAUAAAUCAAACAGUUCCAACAAGAACAUGUCCCAGUUUAACUCGGGCUCGGGCCAAAACCAUCACUACCAUCAGCCAGAUCAGCAACAAGCCAUGAAUGCACUGAGCACCGUUGCGACCUCAGCUCUGGAAAAUGCUAAUCCGGUAAAGAUCGAGGCUGAUCAGGCAUUCAGAGAGUUUGCUGCGGCUGUGGCCUCCCAGCAACUCCAGCAAAUCUCCCAGUCGCAGAUGCAGCAACAGGCGGCUGCCGUUGCUGCUGUUAUGGCUGACUCCUCGCAGGGCUACCAGGAGCAGUAUCGAGACAGUUCAGUUGGCCUAGCUGGCCCUCAAAACAGUGGAGGCAGUCUUGCCUCAACGUCAUCUUCGAUGAAAUCGCCACUGUCCUCGCCGUUACAGGGUAUUAGUGCUGGCACCCAGCAGCAGAAUCAGCAUCAACAGUCGCCGGCGUCUGCACAGCAGCUUCCGGUGGUACAUUCCUCAUCUAGUGCGGCAGGCAGCUCCACAAACACCAGCUCCAAUAUUCAGAUGCAAGGCCAUGUCUACAAUCCCAAGGGAAACGAAGAUUUGGACUCGUCAGCAUCCAGCAACUUCCACUUGAAAAAGCCUCGUGUGCAGCUCAACGGCAGUGCUCAUAGCCAAAUGUCAAGCAAUGGAGGCAAUGGGCCCCACUUUAUCAACGACUCCGAUGAGGAUUCCGAUGACAAUAGUCAUGACCUUAUGGAACCCCAGGCCAUGAUGCAGCACGGCAACCACUACAACAACUCUAUGGCCAUGCAGCGCACCAAUGGCCAUAGCAACGGCAAUGGCAACGGCAAUGACAAUGGCAAUGCAAAUAGCAAUGGAAAUCCGAAUAAUUCCAACGCUGGACACCACAGCAAUAAUAACCAACAGCAGCAACAACAUCAACAGCACCAGAACAUGUUUCCAUCGAAUACGGACUUCCUGUUGCAGCUUUAUCAACAACUCCCACACCAGGGCAACUCCUCACAUCCCUCGAACUUCGGCAAGUUCCAGGCCCCACAAAGUCUUCCAGGCGUGCAGCGACAGUCAGAGCACCUUCUAGGUGAGCUGGUCACCACCGAGCUGCUAAAGAUGAACAAGGAGCGCAAAAAAAGCGCGCAGAAGAGAAUCCUGGAGAUACUAUUCUUUGAUGAUUAGUCAGACUAGCCGCCUAUAUCUUUGUAAAUAGUCUAAUCUAUAAUUUAAAUUAUCCGGUAAGAGUGUCGGGGCUCACAUUCACUUCAAGGGCCCACAAUAUUGUGUCGGGCUGGUCUGCAUCCCACCAAGAAGGCAUUUGCAAAGCUGUCCGGUCGAACACUUUCCAUCUGUACUAGUCAUGACCAACGCCAGGCCCUACCCAUUGGUACUAAAUGGGAUCGAUCCCGUGUAUGCAUUAAUUUAUGUUCGUGUAUCUAAGAAAAGGAUUUAAUUUAUUCUGAAAUGUUUAUUAAACUGUGUACGAAUUAUACAACUCUGAA